AUGCCUGCACCCCAGAUUAUGAUUGGGGCAAACGGAGAGAUUAUCAUCGACGAGAAGAGUUUGCUGAUCGAGAGUUCCGACGUGGCGAAAAAUCGAGAAGUCCUGAAUAACUCUAGGGUCAUCGACGGCGAUAAUCUUGACUCUCCGUACGCGACGUACAGACGCGCUAAAAAGUACUUAGGUUGGAGCAACGUGGAGACGCUCAGAUUCUACAAAGCAAUAAACACAAUUGGAACUGACUUCUCCAUGAUGGUGCAGUUGUUCCCCGGCCGAACACGUCAGGAUUUGAAGGUCAAAUUCAAGGCGGAGGAGCGGCGCAACAAGGAUCUAAUUGAUAAAGCUGUGUACAAUCCAAUUACGUUCGAUUUGACUGAUAUGUUAAGAGAGGUGGAAAUGGAGGAGUUUGAGAAGAAGCAGAACCAGAAGCGUCUGAAGGAAAUUGAAGAAUUCAAGCAACAGAAAGCCGAGACUAGAUGUAGCAAGAGGAAAAAGAAGAAGGAAGUUCUUAAAGAUGUUCGUAGUGAUGAGGACGAACCUGUAUAUAAGAGGCCGAAGAUGAGUGCGAAGAAGUACCACGAUGGUGGUAUCAAUAGUUUAUUCGAUAGUGAUAACGAUGAUGAGGCUAGCAAGGAUAGCAGCACCGUCGUCGAACAACCGGCUGCAGUCGCGGACACUCCGGAUCUUCAAACUACUAUUCUAUAA